AGACAUGUUCGACUGAUCAUUUGAUAUCAAUGUCGAUUAAUCGAUGUCGAGUGUGCGCGUUUUCGAUAAAGACUCCAUUGCAAUUGCACAGGAGCCAUCGUAGAUUCUUUCCUGGCCCCGAGUACGACAGCGUAUGAUGUCAGAGCAUGAUGAUACUUUACUGGACGAAGAUCUUGAGGGGGACGAGGAAUACGAUUUGGGCAAUGAUGAAGAAGAAGCCUUGUUAGCUGAUGACUAUGAAGUAGAGAGGCAGAAUAGCUAUAAGGGAGAAGAGGAAACAGAUGAUGUACUGGACUUAGGAGUCACGGAUGCGCUCGACGACUUAGACGGCGAAGAUGAAAAUAUAGAGUUUAGUAGAGGCAAUACUGAUAAACCUAGCGAUAACGAUUUCUAUAAGGAUGAAGAGCACUCGAAGGUACAGACCACGUAUUACGAGCAAGACGAGAACGCCGAGUACGCGAACGAGCAGGCAUGUCAGUCCGACUGCAAUCCGGACUGCAUUAGCGUCAGCAUACCGAACAAUACCGGUGAUCUGCGUGAGAAGCUGCAGAAAAACAUGCAGGUCUACGUUGGUAACGGGCAAGGAUUGGAGGAAGACGACUGCGAGGAGGCAAAGGAGAGGCGGAACAGAUUUCAAAACGAGCGUACGAUGAUCUCGCCGAAGAUGAACAAUGAUAUCCCGGACACGUUGGAGAACGUCGUCACGUCGGAACCGUCAGCCAGAACACCGUUCAGGGGACGAGGAAGAGGAGGAGGAGGACGCAUCGCAAGAGGCAGAGGAGGAAGAUUUAACAUGCCAAAUACUGGAAACUUCAACCCAAGGUUUGGUAACGGGACGCGGCCAGGUGGUUUUGACAACCAGCCGCCUGCGUGCAGGCCGCCGCUAUUGGAGACCAGACCAUUGUGUCUUCUUAGUACGCCAAACAGCCUGCCGAAUCAGCCGUUAAUGUACCAACAGGCUAGCCCGCAGAAGCCUUUCCAACAAUUUGGCCCGAACGGCCCGAUGCAGCAGACUCCAACGCAGUUCGUGGAUAACAGACCGCAGUUCAAUCCCGGACAGUUUCAAGGCCCGAUAAGAUCGCGUGUGAAUAUGGGACCGCGUCUCGAGUACGGGCCCCCCAGGGCCAGCGGUCCUUUGGUGGGCGGUGGAACAAUGCCGGGACCGGGCUACAACAAUUGUCCGCCGAAUCAGCCGCCGUUUCAUCCGAUGCAACCGUUUCAGAAUCCGGGCGGUCUCAUGCAAGAGAAUCAGAUGCGACCGAUGCAUCAGGGCAAUCAGGGCCCGCCGCUGUUGCAGGGCAAUCCGGGAAACUCGCUCCUCGGUAAUCCGAAUGUGCUAUUGACCGGCGGAAAUCCGUUGCCGCUGUUGCCGUCGGUGAAUAUACCGCUGCCUAUGCAACAAGGAUUCCCGCGACAGCAAGCUCCUCCUCCACAACCUCCGCCGCCGCCGCCGCCCCCGCCACCGUCAUCCUCUCAUGGCCUGCCAUCUAUGCAACAACAGAACCUACCAUCUAUGCAGCAGCAGAACUUGCCGUCUAUGCAACAACAGAGCCUGCCGUCUAUGCAACAACAGAACCUGCCGUCUAUGCAACAACAGAAUCUGCCGUCUAUGCAACAACAGAAUCUGCCGUCUAUGCAACAACAAAACCUACCGCAAAUGCCUAGUCAGCAGCCGCCGCCGCCCUACGAGAACAGACUACCGUUCCAGGAGACGCAGCAGUUUCAGGGUCGGAACGCGUACAACGGGAGGGCCGGUUAUCCCGAUCAAGUACCCAAUAGCCAAUUUAAUAAUUCGAUGCAACCGCCUGUACCACAACAGUCGACGUCUAAUGUACACAGUGUGUCUUUACCUCCAGGCCACAAGAUUCUAAUCAAUCCUCACUUUAGAGGAGCUGUUCAACCGACGAACAAUGCUCGACUUGUUUGGGAUACUAAUCAGCAAGUGCAACAACCGCAAGUCUCUCACAGCAGACAGUUUCCGCAGCAACCUGCCUCGACGUAUCAGAAUCAAAGCUACAAUCAAUCUCAACAAGCUACAUCGCAAUACAAAAACAAUUAUCUACAAAGCAAGAGCGACGAUCCAUAUGCAUAUUUCUCCGACGUUUGGCAGGAGAACAGACCGCAAAAGCCUCAAAAUAUGAACACGAGUAAGCAAUAUGUUUCGAACAAUUACUCUCGGGAUAACAGUUACAGCGAUAAUAAUAAAUACAGAGGGGACAGCCAACGUGAUCAAAAGAACAACUAUCAAGAGGAUCACAGAGGAUCUCAUCCAAACUAUCGGGAGAGAGACUUGCCGCUACGAGCAAGGAAUGAUCAUAUGCGGCGCAGCAGAUCACCGACGAAUACAUAUCGCGGCGACUCGUACGAUCAGAAUCACAGUCAGAAGUCUUUUAGACCGAUGAACAUAACUGUACACCGCGAACCGAACAGGCCACCGCAAAAGAGAAUUCCCGAAUCGACAGACAGACCGCCGCGGGAGAUAAGUCCGAAGCGCAGUAAAUCGACAAACAGCAGAAACUUUCACGAGAUACGGAGAGUGGAUAUAGUAGAGAGAACGGUCACCGAGAGGAAGGAGGAAGACAUCGAUCCGGAGAUGCAAGAAUAUUGCAAGAAAAUGGAGGAACAGAAGCGUCUUCGGGAAAAGCUGUUGCGCGAGAAGGAGAACAGGCGCAAGAUGGCAGCGAUGGAGAAGCAGCAAAACGAGGACGGGAAGAUGGACCCGACCGUCGCGGCGAACGAAAUCGUACAGCAAGACACAAAGGCCGUGUCGGCGCUGAUGGGAGUUGUAAAGGACAACGUCACCGUUAAAGUUCGACCUGGUGUCGGUAAAGGACGCGGUCGUCCUGUCAAUUCACAGAGCACAGAGGCAACAGACAGACCACUCACGCGAAUCGUUAGAGCGAUACCGACCACUGUCCAGGCCAACAAUUCGAUGACGCGAAACGACAUCACCGGUGCGAAAGACGAUAACUUCGAGCGCGCGGUCGACAAGACCGACGAUGUUGUACAAACGAGACAAAUGGUGCAACAGUCCGGUACACGAAGAGUGGUGAUACACAAGUCUCUGCUCAAUUCGAAGAAGGUCGCCACCACCAUACAGAAGACCGUCUCCAAUUUACAGCGCAGUCAAGGAUUGCAGCAGAAGGCGUCCAAUACGCAAGUCGUGCAAGUACAGAAGAUCGUACAGAACCCAGGAAACGCGUUACAAAAAUCGACGUUAGCUGCUGGACAAAAAACCGCCGGUCAGACGAACCUGGGUCCAAGAAUGGGAGCGCACAAAGCACUGAGCGGCUUGCAGAAAACCGUUGUCAACGUACUCGAGCGAGAUGGAACGAGUGGCGGUCAUCUUCAGAGAAACGUGAACGCGCCCAACUCUCAGCGAAUUGUGCUACAAACAAGCAACGCGGCACAGCCGAAAAAGUUGCCCGAAAACAGGAGCAACGUAGUCAGGCUAGAUAAUCUGGCUAUGAGCACGUCCGAGGCACAAAUUAGGCGUAUGUGCCAAGGCAUCGGAACCAUUGAGAGCAUACGUAUGGGCGAGGGUAACGCCACGGUUGUGUUUAAGACGCAAUCCGCCGCCAUGGUGUUUCACAAGAAAUACCAGCAUAAAAUGCUCGAUCUAUCGCUGAUAAACGUGCGUUUCGUGCCGCAAACGACCAGCAAUAAGGUGGUAACGGCGACCGCGAAGAAAUCCUAAAUGGGAAAAUUCUCAAGAUAAUAAUAGCCUCGGGAUUAUUGUACCCUCUCUUUUAGACAUUAAUUCGACGUUUGCGCACGGCUUCGCGAGGGAAUGAUCGUCUUAGACAACACCUAUCUUCUUCUUUUCCUCUCGUUUCAACAGUUGCGACUCAUCGGAGCUGUCUGAUAGAGACAGAACACGCAUCUAUAUUUUAUACAUACAUAAACAUUCACUGGACUUGUUCCCGACACAGAAAUUUGCAGAAAAGAGAUGCAAAGAUUUGUAAAUUCUAGAGAAGAAUUCACAGAGAAGGAAAUAAAGGGAAGUGGAUCAUUGUUUUUUGGAAACUUCGCAAAUUGAUGCAGACUAGAAUGUUCUUGGCGAAUUCCUUUGUACAUAAUAUUACAAGAAAUUGUAUAUUUCGUAUAAAACAAUGUAUGAUGCCCAUACGAAAUAAAGUAGCCAGCAACAAUAA